AUCUGUGUUUAUGUUGCUUAAAAAGAAGAAGUUACAGUGGUACCUCGACAUCCGAGUGCCUCGACUUCCGAAGGUUUCAACGCACGAAGUCGGCAAACCCAGAAGUCUUUUCACUGCAUGCACGUUCUGCGCCUGCGCAGAAGCAGCACGUACGGUCUGCGCAUGCGCAAAGCGCAUAACCGCGCUUCGCGCACGCGCACAACAGGCGCUUUGACAACCGAAGGUUUUGACUUACGAAGAGCGCCGCGGGACGGAUUGCCUUCGUAAGGCGAGGCACCACUGUAGGUGCUUAAAAGCUGAGUACUUCCAAUUUAAAGGGCUUUUUAAUAAAAUAAAUAAAUUAACUGCAAUAGGAAUUAAAAAGACAUACUUCCAUCCAUUCCAAAUCCCAGUUUGUUAAUUAUCUUUAUGGUUUUCUCUGCAUAAGGAACACUUGAUAUUAUUCUAGUGCAAAAAAAAUUAACCUUAGCAAGGGUUAACCUUUGCUUGCUCUGCUUACUGGCUCCACCUAGAUUCAUGAUAAGUGAAGCAACUUUUGGCAACCACUUGUUUUUCCCCUGCAAGAGCUGGCUUGUGCUUUUAUAUCACAGAGCUCCGAGAGAUGGCUUUCUGGGUGAUAGUCCUAUUUGCCGUCCUGGCAUGCAUAUUGGGGGGGCUCUAUCUGGUGGGGGCGUUCCGCCAGAGAAGAGCCCAAGAACCCCCUUUAGAUAAAGGCCUCAUCCCAUGGCUUGGACAUGCAUUGAGCUACCGAAAGGACAGCGUUGACUUCUUGCAGAGGAUGCAGAAGAAGCAUGGAGAUAUCUUCACGGUACUGUUUGGAGGAUAUUAUUUCACCUUUCUGAUGGACCCACUCUCCUAUGGAGCUAUUGUGAAGGAAGCAAGAACCAGGCUGGAUUUAAAUGUAUCACACUUUGUGGCCCAAGUGUUUGGGUUCCAGCAUUCAGAAAUGACUCUAAAAAUACUAGAGACAGUCAACACUAAGCACCUCAGGGGCAAUGGGCUCGUGGUGAUGACCCAGGCCAUGAUGGAAAGCUUGCAUAGAGUGAUGCGCCACAGCCUGAGUCCGGCAGGAGGGCAGAAGUCGUGGAAACAGGACGGAUUGUUCCACUUCAGCUACAACAUGCUCUUUAAGGCCGGAUACCUUGCUGUAUUUGGAAAUGCACAGAGUAAAGGUGGAAAGGGCAAAGAAGAUGCUGAGAGGUGUGACCUAGCUGACUCUGAAGAUGUGUUCGUAGAGUUUUGCAAAUUUGAUAGUUUCUUCCCGGGAUUAGCUUCUUCCACGCUGUCUCCCAGAGAGAAAAAAGAAGCCGAGUCUCUGAAGAGACACUUCUGGAACAUCAUGUCUGUAAAGGAAGUAUACAAAAAGGAAAAUAUCAGUGGUUGGAUAACUGACCUGCAAGAGCAGCUGGAUGAGGCUGGGACUCCUGAAUACAUGCAGGGGCGGCUGUUUUUUACGUUGCUCUGGGGAUUUCAAGCUAAUUCCGGCCCAGCUUCCUUCUGGCUUCUUGCCUACCUGUUGAAAAACCCCAAGGCAAUGGAUGAGGUGAGGAAAGAAGUGGACAGAGUGGUGGGAGAAUCUGGCCAGGAAGUGAGGGCAGGGGGCGCAGUGCUUAAUGUCACCAAGGAGAUGUUAGACAAGACCCCCAUCUUGGACAGUGCUGUGGAAGAGACUCUGAGACUGACAACAAUACCACUGUUGACCAGGGUUGUGGUGGUGGACCUAGAACUCAAGAUGAACGAUGGAAGACAAUAUCUCCUGCGCAAAGGAGACAGAGUUGCACUUUUCCCCUUCGUGGCAGCACAUAUGGACCCGGAAAUCCACCCAGAUCCCCAUGUUUUCAAAUAUGACAGGUUCCUCAGCCUAGAUGGCACAAAGAAGAGAUUCUAUAAGAAUGGGGAAAAGGUGAAGUAUUUUUCCAUGCCUUGGGGUGUAGGGUCCAUGUGCCCUGGGCGUUACUUUGCUACCAAUCAGCUAAAACUCUUUGCCUUCCUGAUGCUGACAUACUUUGAUAUGCAGCUGGUUAACAUGGAGGAGGAAUUCCCUCCUGUGAUCAAGAACCGCUGUGGGGUUGGUGUGAUGCAGCCAACACACGAUGUUCAGUUCAGGUAUCGACUUCGCCACUGAAGGUAGGCGGCAGGGGAAAUAACCUGGCGUCAAGUGCCUGCGAAUCUUCAGGCCAAAUUAAGUUUUAAAAGAAAUCAAUCGUAUGCUUCUAUGUUUGGGGCAAAACUUGUGGAAGAAUGUACUCUUUGCCCAAUAAAGUUUGGUAGACUCAAGUAUCACUCAAUGAUGCAUUUUAUCUGUCCACCUGUCAUGAAUGCUUUAGUUGAGAUUCCUGCCUUGCUGGGAGUUGGACUAGAUGACCCUCAGGCUCCCUUCUGACUCUACCAUUCUGUGAUUCUAUUAUCUCGCCCUUUUUUUCACCAUUUUUAAGAAAUAAAGUGGAGACAGGUGGCCUUUCAACUUUUGGGGGCUCUUCUGUGGAAUAUUUGGUGUACAUUAGAUCGGAAUAUUGGUCCUCUCUUUCCUGUAUGAUGGUUGCCCCAAACUCUCUUCCUUGCUUACAAGUUAUAAAUGUUGUAUCUUUAAGGCAUAAAACUCAUGCUUGCUGCUAGGGUCUCAUUUCCCCCACAUCCCCUUGCCUAUACAUGGUUUGUUGUAAUCUACAUUCUGUAAAAAGAAUGCCAGGUCCGUCCAGUCUGGUUUGUGAACAUUUCAUAAUCGUUUGCAAUUCUCCUGACUGUCUGGCGAAAGACGCUUAUUCAAUACAUUUUGGUAUUUUCCAUUUUGCUACUGUUGAACAAUGCCCAUCAACAAGUCUCCAUUUUCAUGUCUCCAGGGAUAUCGCCAUUUGUCUGUCUUGUGGUACAGUAUCUUGAAAAUAAGAAGCCCAAAUAAUUGGUGGUAGAUUGAGGAGAAAGAGAGUUAGUACUUUACUUUACUUUUUGGCUCUUAUUAAAGUUUACUCAUUAAUUGAUCCUCAGUUGUGUUUUGGGUCCUGACUGGUUUUUGUUUGUAGAGCUUGCUUUCUUAACUUUUCCUUUGGAGGAAAAUAAUUCACUUCCACUGUAACUGCACGGAUUAAUACUUUACUAGGAGAAGCCAACCUGAAUAUUAUUGCAAGACAUGUAAGAGAGGAAUUAAAACAAUUAAUCAUUUAUUUACAGCAAGCAUUUCUGUAACCAACGUAUUUGAUGCACUCACAUUUUUCAAAGAAAACACAUUUCCUUUAAGAAGGAAGUUAUUUUGAUUCCUUUAAAAAUGCAAUUUCUGCAAUAUAAACAAGGAACCAGUACAGUAUAGGCAGAGCACCUUGUUCAAGCAGCCUCAGGGUAGUAACAACAGGGGAGGCAGGAGGCAGACCCAGCAACAGCCCUGACUCAGACCAGCUUCUGAUGCAGGGGAAGCUGCAGUACUUCCUCGGUUACUGGGAAGUCAUGACCAGGAACAUUACAGGAUUUUGAGCAGCUCUCCCCACCACCACCACUUCAUUUCCUCUGCUCCCUCCAAGAAAUCACAGAAACAUCUCCUGAUGUUUCAAGAGAUCCAGCAUUUGCUGGAUACAUCAAAUGUGCCAGAACCAUAAGGAGGAAUCUGGCUGCUACGCUAUUCUCAUUAUGGUUCCAAGGAAGUUGGGAAAACGGAGGGUCAUCCUGGAUCUCAAGAGGGUCAAUUGAUAACUGAACACAAAAAAGAAUUCAGAAUGUAGACCUUGAAGACCAUCCUGGAAGGCAUCAUGCCUGGGGCAGCCCUGUUUAGGGAAGCUUUUAAUGUUUGAUGGAUUUCUGUAUUUUAAUAUUUUGUUGGAAGCCGCCCAGAGUGGCUGGGGGAACCCAGCCAGAUGGGCGGGGUAUAAAUAAUAAAUUAUUAUUAUUAUUAUUAUUAUUAUUAUUAUUAUUAUUAUUAUUAUUAGGACUUCAUUGCUUCCCUGGACCUGAUCAAUGCCUGCCUCCACAUACCAGUUUACCCAGCCCAUUGCAGAUUUCUGCAUUUUGCAUCCCAGGGCAGGAAUCUCCAGUACAAAUGCCUCACCUUGGAUUGGUCCUCAGCCCCAAGAUGUUCUUGAAGUUGCUGGUAGCUGUGGUGGCCUGUCUAAGGAACAACAUCCUGAUCAGCUCAGACUCUCACCAACAGGCUGAGAGACCCUAGACAACACAUCCACCAAAGCAUACACAUGCAAAGAAGGUGGAACCAAGUGGCAGGUCCUCAUGCAGGAGGCCAACAACCUCCUGUCUAGGGCAGAACAGUAUCCAGAAUCUCUAUCAGCAGAGCAUGUAUCAGGCGCCUCCAACGUCUGCGCAGACAUGCUCAGCCGCCAACAGGUCUCCCAAGCUUGUGUGGAGCUUUCUUCCACAGGUGUUCCAGCAAAUAGUGGAUCGCUGUGGUCUUCCAAGAGUAGACCUGUUCACAAGUUCAGAAGACCAAAAGGUGGAGCUCUUCUCCUGAUUCAGGACUCGGGGACUGAUGGGCAUGGAUGCCCUGAGCUCUGCCUGGCUGGGUACGGGACUUCUAUACACCUUUCCUCCCACUGCUCUAUUCGAGACUUCUCAGGGAUGUUAGAUUUGCACCAGAGGAGAUUAUUGUAGUGACUCCCUUCUUGCCGGGGGGGGGGAGCAGACCCUUAGCCCCUACCCUACAGGAGGGACCUGGUGUCACAGCGAUAAGUCCACCACCCAGAGUCAGAUUGGCUACAACUCCAUACCUGUUGAUGAGAAGGAGGGCCUAAGAGAAUUAGGGUGGUAAUCACUACCAUCCUAGUUUCCUGCAGACACUCCACUCCACCCAGCACAUCUAUAAAUUCACCUGGUAGACCUUCGUCAGCUGGGCACAUGGGAAGAAGGUGGAUUCCCUAGCGGGACAGAUACCAAACAUCCUGGCCUUCCUACAGGAUGGCUUGGACCAAGGUCUUUGCCCCAACACCCUCCAUAACAGGUGGCAGCCUUGGGGUCAGGAUUCAGAUCGGCAGGGCCCCCUCUGGCUUCCUUGUCCCUGGUCAAAUGCUUCUUGGAGUGGGCAGUGCAGAUGAAACCACCUCUGGUGUACAGGUUCCC